GGAGACAAGGGAACAGACAGUAUAAUCUCGCUUCCCAGCAGUCUCAUUACGGACGGUCUCCUUUCCCGGCUUCACCGCUCCUUCCGUUAUCGCUUAUGCUCUGUCGGCUUAAAACUGAGACUCGUAUUGAAUGGAUAACGAUCCAUAUUACGACGGCGAGCAGUCGUGGAUAUGGUGCUGUUUUGUCCAAAAGCCAAGCCUGCCUUAGCGUGUGCUCAAUGGGUUCGAGCGGCCAACGGCUCGCGCAAGGCUCAAGCAAUAAUGAGAUAACUGGCACCUUCAUGGAUCCGUUAGGGAGACCAUUGUUUCUACCCGGUAUAGUCACUUAUGUUGGUACUAUUUCCGUGGAAUAUGCCGUUUUCUGUUUGGAGACCCGAAGGAUUAUAACAAUCACGCAUGCUGCAUGUGCAUUUUCUUUAUCCGUCAUUCUAAGGUUCUGGUUCGAUGUUAUGGACCGAAUAAACAGACGGAAUAUAACCGGCAUAGCCAUUACGCGAGUCGACAUGCAUGGCCAUGCAGGUAUUUAGGGGCUACAUUACAUUAUCACUACUGGUUACUAGCACGUUUGGGCCCUCGGGGAGUUCCUAGCCUUGAAACCGAGAUGGACUGAACGUGAAUGGGCGGUCAGCGGCGCUUGUGACGCAAUGCAUGCACAUCCGGGAACGCAUGCGCAUCAGCAUGGUCUGCCAGGAUUGGAAAAGACAGCAUCCAAGCC